CGUGAACAGGUCGCGUUUGAAAAGCUAGCGAGCUAAUUACCAGACUACUAAAUACAGGGAAAGGAAACUGUUUCAAUCGAGCUGGUGAGGUGACCUCACAAGAUCUUCUGCUGUUAUGAGACUCCAGUUAUAGAAGACGUGUGAAUAAACACAGCCCACUGGGCACACACUGGUUGAAUCAACGUUGUUUCCACAUCAUUUCAAUGAAAUUACUUUGAACCAACAUGGAAUAGACGUUGAAUUGACGUCUGUGCCCAGUGGGAGGAGAGACACCUCACACUUGUGACAGCUCCAUUCAAUAAGUAGUUGUUAUUAUUGCUAUUUUUUACCAAGAAGCAUUCUAACUCAACAGACAAUAUGAGUCAAGAGAAGGGAAAGUUGAUGGAUGAAAUUGAAAAGAGUUUAUGGAAUUUAACUGAGGCCAAUUUACGCUACCUUUGUGAAUGUCAUGGUGAAGAUGCAUCCGAAGUUAAAGGAAUGGAUCACCGCUCAUUGCGGCGUAAAAUCAUGGAAGAAAUGUGGGACAAUACGGAUUCAAUGAAAUCAGAGGAGCAGGGAAUGUCUUGGUUAGUCCAACUGAAAGAGGACAUCAGGAGGAUACAGGAGGAUGCUAGCGGUGCACUAAUGAGUCCUAGCCAAUCCGAUGAUGAUGAUGCUGUAGACUGCGAUGAAAAAUGGAACGGAGAGGGAGGGGCUGGGUUACCUAGCAACGAGGUGGAGCCUGUGAGUCCCAGCCAGGCUGAUGAUGAUGAUGACGCUGCAGACUGUGACGCGGAGGACACAGAUUGGUUGCCUAGCAAUGGGCUGGAGGCAGAGCCCGUGAGUCCCAACCAGUCCGAUGAUUAUGACGCUGCAGACGGCAUUGAAGAAUUGGACAGGGAGGUCAGGGAUUGGAUGGCUAGCGAUGGGCUGGAGGUGGAGUUAUCUCCAGAGAAGCACACACCAGAGCAGAAAGACAAGUGUCGCCCACCAAAGACCCCGUGUCGUGCCUCUCCUGGUAGCACCUUACUGCGAGGUCUGAAGAGGGUGUCUGUGCAGCUGAUGGACUGCAGGAAAACACCAGGGCAGAAAACCUGCAAGAAAACCCACUCCUGUGCUCAGUGUGGGAAGAGUUUUGCCACAAAAGACAUUCUGGAGCGACAUCUGCUAACUCACACUGGAGAAAAACAGAGAAAUAUAUGCGCUGAAUGUGGAAAAGUAUUCAGUACAUUUUCCAGCCUUACCAGGCAUCUGAAAACUCAUACUGGAGAGAAAUGUCAUAUUUCUGAAUGUCAUAUUUCUGAAACCACAUGCUCUGAAUGCAGAAAGACAUUCAGUACACAUUCCAGUCUUAAGAGACAUCUGCUAACUCACACUGGAGAGAAACCGUACGUUUGCCCUCGUUGUAAGAAAGGUUUCAAUGAUCCAGGAAACUUAAAGAAACACAUCAGGAGAGCUCACCCAGGAGAGAAGGUGGGUGUGGAGAGGCUCUACCGUGAACCGUGUCCUCACUGUGGGGAGAAGUUUCCCACAAAGAAGGCUUUGGAGGAGCACCUGGUAACCCACACAGGAGAGAAACCUCACCAGUGCUUUGACUGCGGGAAGGGAUUCAAUGAAUUGUCUAGUCUUAAGAGGCAUCUGAGAACUCAUACUGGGGAGAAACCGUAUGUUUGCCCUCGUUGUGGCAAGCGUUUUAAUGAUCCAGGAAACUUGAAGAAACACAUCAAAAGAACUCACUCCGAAGAACAUUCCAAAGAGGAACCUUCUGAGAACAAUGUUGGUUCUUCAGAACAGGAGGAGACAGUAAAGAAGCCUGUCCUUCAUCCAUGUUCUCACUGUGGGAAGAAGUUGUCAACCAAGACAAGACUAAAGAUUCACCUGAAGACCCACACUGUAGAGAAAUCUCACGUCUGCCCCGACUGCGGGAAGAGCUUCGCUUUCCGUCCUUCCUUGACCAAACAUCAGAAGCUUAGUCAUUCAGAGCACAGAGGAGUGAAACGGCACGAAUGUUCGGUCUGUGGGAAAGUCUUUAAUCAACCAGGAGCCUUGAGGUCCCAUCAAAGAACCCACACUGGAGAGAAACCCCACCUCUGUGCUGACUGUGGGAACAGUUUCUCUUUUCUGUCGUCUCUGAAAAGACAUCAGACACUUCACGCAGCAGGUAGUGCGAAGCCCCACGUGUGCUCUGUCUGUGGGAAAGGCUUUAGAGAUUCUGGAUACUUAAAAAAACAUCAAGCCAUCCAUUCAGAAGAGAAACCUCACCUCUGCUCCGAUUGCGGAAAGACUUUCGCAUCCUUAUUUACCUUAACAAAUCAUUCCAAAUUGCAUCGUUUAAAUAGAAACCAAUUCCAAUGCCCUCAAUGCAAGCGCCAUUUCCCAACAAAGGAAAGGCUGACAAGCCACCAGAGAACGCAUACCGGAGAGAAACCAUUUCGAUGCUCCCAAUGCCACAAACGCUUUUCUCACUCAAGUAGUUAUCAAAGGCACCUUCGUAUGCACACUGGGGAGAAACCCUUCAUUUGCCCCAUUUGCGGGAAGCGAUUUAACGACUCUUCGAACCUUAGAACACAUGUUAGAAGACAUAAAGGAGAGAAGAUAGGCAAGACACAGGUCUCUGAGCCAUGCCCUCACUGUGGGAAGAGGCUGGCUUCUAAGGCAGGGUUAGAGACUCACCUGCGGACCCACACUGGAGAGAAACCUCACCUCUGCGCCGACUGCGGCAAGAGCUUCGGCUUCCACUCAGCCUUGAGAAGACAUCAGAAAACGCAGCACGGAGAGCAAGUAGCAAAGCCGCACGUCUGUUCUGUCUGUGGGAAAGGCUUCAUGGAGUCUGGAGCGCUGAAGAAACAUGGGGUGACCCACGAGGAGAAACAGCACCUCUGCCCCGACUGCGGGAAGACAUUCAGGGUGCUUCAGGCCUUGUCGAAUCAUCAGAGAACCAAGCAUCAAAAAAUUAACGAGCAAGUAAGAGAGAAGAAUCCAUACCUCUGCCUUACUUGCGGCCAGGAAUUCAAUUCAAAGCAUAGAUUGAUAAUCCACGAGAGAAAGCACACAGGAGAGAAACCUUACCAAUGCUCCCAUUGCGACAAACGCUUCACUGAGAAGUCUUACAUGAAACGUCACCAGACGGUGCACACGGGAGAGAAACCUUUCCAAUGCUCCGUCUGCGAUAUGAAGUUCUCGCAUGGUGCAUCUUUAAUACGGCACCGCCUAAUACACUCGGGUGAGAAACCGUUUCACUGCACUUACUGCGACAAGAGUUUCUCUCAGUCGAAUACGCUGAAAACACACAUACUAACACACACCGGAGAGAAACCGUACCCGUGCCCCGACUGCGGGAAGCGUUUCACCGAAAAGAAAGCCAUGAAGAAACACCAGCGCGACACACACGGGACAGACACAUACAGCAACACACACGGGUCAGGGGCACACAGCUCUGCUUUCUCUUUGCCUGGUAAAAAACUGAGAUUGAGUCAAGACCGGAGCCCUCGAGCAAAGCCGUACCAAUGCCCUGACUGUGGCAAGUGUUUCUCAGAGAAAAGAGCUCUUACGAAACACCAGAAGACACACCGGAGAGACAGCGCCCCCUAUUGGUCCGGUAUACUGCAGCAAUGGAGUCAAGAACCGCAACACUCUGAUACUGACUCAGACUCUGACCAAGACCAAGACUGGACCUCUUUAUAAAGACUCAGACCAAGACUGGACCUCUUUAUAAAGACUCAGACCAAGACUGGACCGCUUUAUAUAGACUCAGACCAAGACUCACCAAGACCAAGACUCAGACCAAGACUGGACCUCUUUAUAAAGACUCAGACCAAGACUGGACCGCUUUAUAUAGACUCAGACCAAGACUCACCAAGACUCAGACCAAGACUGGACCUCUUCAUAAAGACUCAGACCAAGACUGGACCUCUUUAUAAAGACUCAGACCAAGACUGGACCUCUUUAUAUAGACUCAGACCAAGACUCACCAAGACUCAGACCAAGACUGGACCUCUUUAUAUAGACUCAGACCAAGACUGGACCUCUUUAUAUAGACUCAGACCAAGACUCACCAAGACUCAGACCAAGACUGGACCUCUUUAUAAAGACUCAGACCAAGACUGGACCGCUUUAUAUAGACUCAGACCAAGACUCACCAAGACCAAGACUCAGACCAAGACUGGACCUCUUUAUAUAGACUCAGACCAAGACUGGACCUCUUUAUAAAGACUCAGACCAAGACUGGACCGCUUUAUAUAGACUCAGACCAAGACUCACCAAGACUCAGACCAAGACUGGACCUCUUCAUAAAGACUCAGACCAAGACUGGACCUCUUUAUAUAGACUCAGACCAAGACUCACCAAGACUCAGACCAAGACUGGACCUCUUCAUAAAGACUCAGACCAAGACUGGACCUCUUUAUAAAGACUCAGACCAAGACUGGACCUCUUUAUAUAGACUCAGACCAAGACUCACCAAGACUCAGACCAAGACUGGACCUCUUCAUAAAGACUCAGACCAAAACCAAGACCUCUUUAUAAAGACUAAGACCAAGACCAAGACUGGACCUCUUUUUAAAGACUCAGACCAAGACAGGACCUCUUUAUAAAGUAUCAGACUCAGACAGGACUUCUUUAUAAAGACUCCAACCAAGUCUGGACCUCAGUAUUGACCCCCAGAGUCAGAUUCUGACACUGACCGAGACCAGGACCUAUUUUAUAGAGGGAAUAUAUGAUUGUGUUGUCUUUUGAUUGUUCUGGCCAGCAGUUUCCCAGCCUUUUCCCCUCUCUUCACAGUAUGUCAACCUUCAGUAUGCCAAUUCUGCUUUAAUUAUGAGCAAUUUUGUUUUGUUGCAUGUUUUAUUGAGACUCUAGUUUUUCCCAAUACUAUAUUAUAACAUAAUAUAUUUUUAAAAAAUAAGAGUAAUUGCACCAAGAGCAUGAGAAUAUGAUUUGGUCGGGAGUCUGAAGACCAAGACGAUGAGAUCAACAGUCCAUCUCUGGUGUAAACAAGGUAAGGGAUGGGAACGGGGAAAACAAUCUCAGAUUCAUAGACAUGGCAACAAAAACCUGCCCGUAGACUUUUAUACAGCUACCGUUUACAACCAUUGGAUUUCAAUGGAUUCAUUCAUUGAUUGAGUGUUCUUUGUUCUUCGAGAGAACAUUUCCACAACUCUUUAGUUACACACAAAGAAACAGACAAUUAGAAACAAGCACCCCUCCACCCAACACAUAUAUACCCUAAGAGACUCAAUGGAUGUAUAGUAUAUAAUGUUUCACCCAGUUGUGUAUAGCAAGUUAUUGUUUGUUUUACGUUUUUAGGGCUCUAUUCAAUCAGAUCCGCUUUAGCGGUGUCGGAGGUAGAACUGCGUUACAGCUGUCAAAUCCACAAGCGGCUCCUGGCGUUGGACCUGAAGCGGACGUUGCAAUCGGCUCCACAGUCGCGUCAACAGAAAUCCCAUGCAGCCUUGUUUAGAAGUUCCAACACUGGAAUGUGAGAUGUAACCUACACCCAGUUGAAUGAUUUUUUUUAAAAUUUGAGCGUAAUUCUUUCUGUAUAUAUCCUACACUUGGUUGUCGACAGCUCCAACAGUUCCACAUCAGACGCUGCCAAAACAUCCGCUAUGCCGGUUAAUGCUUGAUCACAUUGAAUCUAGGCCUAAGUAUAUACUCUGGCAGAUCAUAUUGAAGUGUGUUUCAAAGACCGUUUGAGUUUAUGGCAAAACAUCAACAUGGAAACCGUGACAGUAAACGUGUUUGAACUGA